UUUCUUUGUCAUGUUUGAAUCUAUCACACAAUGGUUAAUACAGGUGGGACCAAAGUUUCCUCCUAAUGCUACAUGGGACUAUGCUUACAAAAUAAUACACACUGCAUUUCAUAACCUGACUUCAGCACCAGUCCUCUCUUCUUUUGUCUCAACUUGUUUGAGUCAUCCUUCCCAACUGAUUGAUUUAUACAAACAAACAGACCCUCUCGAAACAUCAGUCUAUGUAUCUUCUGGUCUUGCUGUUAUUCACUAUAUACUGUCUGAAAUCACAAAGAAUUAUAGUCAAGUUGACAAGGCAUGGUCUAUUCUACCUGGUAUGUAUGCAUGGCACUUUACUAUUCAUGACUACCUUGUUCAUGGCUCUUUUCAUCCAAGACUCUUGACUGCUUCGAUCUUGAUUACAAUCUGGGGAAGUCGUCUUACUUAUAAUUUCGCGAGAAAAGGAGGUUACCACUGGACUGGCCAAGAUUACCGUUAUCCUUAUAUUCGUGAAAAGAUCGGUGCUAUUCCCAUGGCUCUAUUGAACCUUGUGUUCAUUGCACCUAUGCAAGAUUAUUUGUUAUUGUUAAUGGUAACACCAUUAUAUAUCACAAACAGCUCUGCUAUCCGCUCCCAAUGCCUUACUCCAAUGGACUGGUUGACUGUAUUUACCCAUUUGACUUUCUUGACUAUUGAAGUUGUUGCUGAUGAGCAGCAAUACUUUUUCCAGACUGAAAAGCAUGCUCUUCUUAAGUAUUUAAAGAAGGAGCAAUUAAGUGAAGACUAUCGAUUGGGCUUUUUGUGGCAUUCAGGUUUAUUCCAAUACAGUCGUCAUGCCAACUUCUUUGCAGAACAAUGUAUGUGGUGGACAAUUUACUUGUUCUCUGUUUCUGCUGUCCAAGAAGAAAGCGGCUUGACUGGUUUAGACACUUAUGUCAACUGGACUGUGUCUGCUCCCAUUUUCUUGUCUCUAUUGUUUCAAGGAAGUACAUGGUUGACAGAAAAAAUCUCUUUGGAAAAGUAUCCAGAAUAUGCAGAUUAUUGCAAAUCAGUCAAUCGAUUUAUCCCAUGGUUUCCUUCUAAAACUGUUUCCAGAGACAAGAAAGAUCUUUAAUAUGCUUUCUUUUGUUCUUGUCUAUUAAUUUUUAUUUUUUUUUUUCAUAUAUAAAAAGGAAAAUGUAUAUAUAAAUAUAUAAAUACGAUGAAAA